AAUUUCAAAAACUUACUCACAAAAUCAUGUCUUCUCAUUUAUAAGCCAGCCACCUUUGAAUGAUGGCACUGAAAUUAGGGAGUCCAAAGUAAUUUGCCACAGGAAAGUCAAGAAUAUGAUAACAUUAAUACAUACAAUUUCUCAAGUUCUUUAAGUAUGCAUGUAAUAUGUGAAGCAGGAUUUUCCUACAACUAUGCUUUAUUCAGCUAAGUCUCUGUUUCAUAAGUUGGUAGUCAUUAGGUUAAUGGGCACAGGGAAUCCUUUUCAAAUAUCAGAAGAAUGUAUUAUAGAACAACUAAGAAUCUUCUUCUGACAACCCAUUGAAUUUCUGGAUCUUUCUCACUGUUUUGCCUCAACACAAGCAGGUAGUGUGAUGUGAUCCUACUUGAUGGCUGAAGGACCUCUUAGAGGUACAGAAAGGUAGUAAGCCAGAUGGGAGCUGAGAACUUCACCUCUGUUAAAGAAUUCAUGUUGGUGGGACUCACAAGUCAUCGAGGGACCCAGCUUCUGCUCUUUGGGGUGCUCCUUGUCAUCUACUUGCUUAUCCUUUUUGGCAACCUGCUGAUCAUCACAUUGGUGUGGGCUGAUUCCCAGCUACAUACUCCCAUGUAUUAUUUUCUCAGCAAUCUUGCUGCAAUGGAAAUUGGGUUGGUCACCAGCACGCUGCCUCAGAUGUUGGCUCAUCUGGUCACUGGGAAUGGCGUUCUCUCCUUAACACGUUGCAUGCUGCAAGGUUAUAUUGGAUUGAACAUAGGCAGUGCUGAAAGUUUGCUAUUAGGUGUCAUGGCCUAUGACCGUUACUUGGCCAUCUGCUCUCCCUUAUUAUAUGCUACAGCCAUGAGCAAGUUGCACCAGGUCCUGCUUGUCAGUACAUGUUGGAUAAUUGGCUUUGCAUUUUCCAUGGUUUAUGUUGUCAGUACUUUUCGUCAUUCCUUCUGUGGUUCUAAUCUUAUUAAUCACUUCGCGUGUGAGCUGCCUAUUGUGCUGAAACUUGCUUGUGGUGACAUAAAAAUGACUAAAGUAAUUGUUUCUGGUCUGUCAGCAUUCAUGGUCUUCAUUCCCCUUUCAAUCAUCUUGUCUUCCUAUGGAUUCAUUCUGCAUUCUGUAUUACACAUGAGGUCAAGUGCAGGAAGGAGUAAGGCCUUCUCCACUUGUGGAUCCCACCUCACUGUAGUCACCUUGUUCUAUGGUACUGUUAUUUCUAUGUACAUUAUCCCCCACUCAGAUUCAGGUCCUUCUCACAAUAAGGAAAUGACUGUCUGUUACCUAGUAGUUACUCCCUUGCUUAACCCUGUCAUUUAUACUUUGCGCAACAAGGAGAUUCAUUCAGCAGUGAUCAAGAUGGUGAGAAGAUGGGGCUUUGAACAAUGAACAUGACCACUGACAUCUUGCUGGAUUGAUAUUUUGUGAUGUUUUCCUGAAGCAGAGGGAGGCUGACUAUAAAAAUAAUACCACCCUAUUUUAACAUUCCCAAUCUUUUUUAGAGAUGAUAAGGUGGAAAAGCAGGCUGGACUGUAGAAAUGACCUUGAAGAAAAUAUGUGGCACUUAUCAGCAAAACAUGAACAGAUCCCAGGAAAACAGGAAUAUGUGAGGAAAGGAACUCAAGAUUGGUCCAUAGUAAUACUUUUUGGUGUAAGAGAAAGAAAAGGGAAAUGCUGUCAUGUUUUCAAGGUAUAAACACCCUGUAUCAAUAAAGUAGAAUUCUAAUAUUUCUUGUAAACUCUUUUCCUUCACUUGGUCUACUGACAAAGAGAUGUGACAAGAUUGUUUUUGUGCUUUUGAGUAAGUCUUGAUUCCUGGUGACUACAUGAACAAGUCCAUGCAGUUUUCCUAGCAAUAUUUUUCAUCAAUGAUUGUCAUUGCCUUUUUCCUAGGACUGAGAGAGAGUAACUGCUCCAAGUCAUCCAGCUGGCUUCAUGCUGAAGGCUGAACUAGAACUCACAGUUUCCCAGUUUCUAGCCUGAUGACUUAACCAAUACACCUAACUGGUUCUUGGUGAAAUGAUACAUUUCUCCAUUGUUGUUGAUGUUAAUUGCAAAGUCGUGUCUGACCCAUCGCGACCCCAUGGACAACAUUCCUCCAGGUCUUCCUGUCCUCUAUCAUCUUCUGGAGUCCAUUUAA